CGAUCGCUGUGGGCCAAUCUGCUGCUCUGACACCGCCAACAGGAGGAAGACCCGCCCCCCGCGCGCCUGGAGAAGAACCAUACGAACCCGACCGUUCUCCGCUGUCCCGCUCCGCAGCUCCAGACGCAGCAACAUGGAUACAGAGUUGUUUAUGGAGUGUGAGGAGGAGGAGCUGGAGCCAUGGCAACAGGUGGAUGACAGUGUGGAGGAAGAUGACAUGGACUUCAUCGACAGCUACUGUGAACCAGUUGAGGAUUCUAUGUCACCGCUUCCAGCCUCUGAGACUCCGCCCCCAGAGACUCCCCAAUCCAUCACACCUGCCCAACCAGCUUCCUCUCCCAUACAGAUUGUCUCCUCUGUGAUUCGUCCUCCUCCCUCUGUCAUCACUACGUCCUCCUCUGUCUCUCGUCUCCCCGUCCCAGCCCAACCCCUGAUGGCUCAGGCCCAGCCCCUCAUUCUGACACAGACAGCAAGUGGAACGUUCCUCCUCCCAGCAGCCCCCGGGACAGGCAAUGCCCCGCCCAUCCUCCUCACUACACAGGGUUUCCCUAUGAUGAACCAUGGUGCUCCUCUGCUGCUGAACCUGCAGCCUGGUCAGACGGUCCAGCCGCUCACUCUGAUCCAAUCCCCGUCUCUGCGUCAGUUAGUACGGCCCAGUGUGGGCAUAUCCCCAGUUCUCCCCCAGGGCCAGACCAGACAAGGCCCCACCCCCUUAAGAGGUCCCACCCAGACUAGCUCCGCCUUCACUGCCAUGCAGCUUCCUGCCACACUGACCAUCCGCACCAGCACACCAGGACUCGGUCAGUCUCCCUGCACAGUAAACCUCCAGAUGACCCAGGUGGGCGGGGCUAACUCCCUGAAGCUGGCAGGUUCCCCCGCCCUCCCCUCCGGCUCAGCUAACGGAGUCACCAGAACCCCUUCAUUCAGCAGCAGCAUGGGUCGAUCAGUUAUCAGCACUGCUCCUGGCCACUCCCCCUCUGUUGUCAUGACGCCCUGUGUGACCUCAGCGCCGACCUCCGACCCUACGAGGGUGGUGAUGAGCGUGGAGGAGUUUUACUACGGCACGCAUGACGGCGACCUGAGCCUGAGGAAGCCACAGCCGCUCGGCAUCAAAACAUCCACCUUCACCUGUCAGAUCUGCUCUCACCUGGCUGAGAACAACCUGAGGUUGAUGCAGCACAUGCUCCAGCACUCAGAGCUGAUUGGAGGAGGAGGAUCAGGUGACGACAGAAAGUUCUGUAAGUUCUGUUACCGACAGUUCUCGUCUCCGGCUCAGCUGCAGAGUCACCAGGAGCAGGUGCAUGGCCCUGUCCUGUCCUCCUGUAUGUGUCGUAUUUGUGAGUGGGCAUUUGAGAACGAGCCGGCCUUCCUCAACCACAUGAAGUCCAACCACAAACCGGGAGAGAUGCCCUACACCUGCCAGGUGUGUUCAUAUCGCUCAUCCUUCUACUCGGAUGUCCUGCAGCACUUUGCCAGCUUCCACAGAGACUCUCGCUUCCUGCUGUGUGUCUUCUGCUUGAAGGUUACCAGAAACCCGGCCAGCUACCAGCAGCACCUGCUGCGACACCAGAUCAAUCAGGCAUUCCACUGUAACAGGUGUCGUCUUCAGUUUGUCUUCCUCAAAGACAAGAUGCAGCACAAACUGGAGAACCACCGCAGCUUCAGGCGCCCUGUCCGUCUGGAGGGACUGCCCCCGGGGUCAAAGGUGACGAUCAGGACCUACGGCAAGUUCAGGCCGCUGAUGACAUCCUCAGGAAGUCGGCUGCUUCAGAGCCCCUCCUCCCUCAUCCAGCCAAUCAUCAUCAAGACCGAGCCCCGAACUCAGAGUCAGAGGAGCCCUGUGAGGUCCCCGCGGUCCCCUACGAAGAAGCCCAUCAGCCGCAGAGUCCACGUCAGAAGGAUGUCCUCGUCUGAUGACCGGUUGGUGUGUCUUGAGUGUGGGACAGACGCCUCAGACUUUGCAGCUCACUAUCCAACUCACGUCCACUGUCUGCUGUGUCCCUACAGCAGCUGCUGCUCCAGAGCCUACGCUGCCCACAUGAUCCACCACCACGUGCCGCGCUCCUCACACACAGCGGUUCCUCUGCACAGACUUCCUCCUCCCUGUGUCUUCCUGCUGUGCUGCUCUCACUGUGACUUCAGGCCUCUGGCUGCUGAUCAGAUGGCCGAUCACCUGCUGAUGAACCCGGAGCACCACAGUGCCACCUGUCACACCAGGACCUACACUGAACCUGACAUCCAGUUCUGUCACAGUGAAGAGGAGAAGGAACCAGUCCAGAACAAGAACUUGCCAGAUCCUUCCUGGACGUCAGCUGAUUGUUGGAAACAUCUGACAGAGAAGGAUGACACCGAGUCCUCCAUCGUCACCUUCAUGCAGGGCAGCGGUCCUCGUCACUGCCUGUCCAAAAACAGCGACGCAAUCGACUUCUUCAAUCUGCUCUUUCCUAUAAAACUGGUGGAGCUGAUUGCCGAGGAGACCAACGCUCACGUCAAGACCUGCCAGUUCCUGGGCUCCAGCUUUCCCGACUGGGUCCCAGUCACCACCCAUGAGAUCAAAGGUUUCAUGGGCCUGGUCAUCCUGAUGGGGAUCCAGAACCUUCCCGAUCCAUCGCACUACUGGUCCUGGAGUCACUACGACAACAGCUACACCUUCUACAGGGCUAUGAGCUUCAAACGCUUCAAGCAGAUUGCCGCUAACAUCCGCAUGGGCAGCUUCACUACAGACGAGUACCGUGGCACCAGUAGUUCCAGCGACCCACUGCACAUCUUCAGGCCGAUGCUUGCCAUGUUGGGCAGAGCAAUGUGGAACACCUACCUGCCGAACUGCUCCCUGACCAUCGACAGGGCGCUGCUUCCCUGCCUGGAGGAGGAGAGCGACCAAGCCAAGGGCAGCCCAAAGACACAGCCUCAGGUGUGGCUGCUCUGUGACUCUAAGUCUGGCUACUGCCACCGCCUCUUCAUCCAGGUUGGGGCGAAGGUGGGUGAAGAGCUGGGCUUCACCGUGGUGCCGCAGCUGGUGAAGGGUCUUGAGGACAAACACCACCAUCUUUACCUGGCGAGCUCACUUACAUCUGUCCCACUCAUGCAGAAGCUUCUGGACCAGGGUAUUUAUGCCUCCAGCUCCUUCCCCCCACCCAACCCCAUCCUGCCCAGAGAGCUGUGGGAGGAGGGCCAGCUGGAGAAACCAGGGGACUUCCUGCAGAGGCAGUAUGGACCUCUCCUGGCCACCAGAUGGAGGGACAUGAAGGAGAUGGGCUGCUUGUCAACUAAUGCAGCUCCAGGUGAACGGGAUACUGUUUGGAGGCGGUCUCAGACCAAAGUGGGAGAACUGGACCCCAUCGACCGCCCUCAGGCCUUCAGCCUCCUACAAGAGAACAUGCGGGGGGUUGACAUUUGCAAGCAGCUGCUGGCCUGCAACCCGCUGGGAGGAAUCCCCCUGGACCGACACUGGCGCAGCCUCUUCUGGUUCCUGGUCAACCUGAGCAUCGUCAAUGCCUUCAUUGUGCUGCGGGAGAGCCGCAAAGAUAACCCGCCUGCCUGGGUUCAAGACGGCCUCUUUACUCAGGUCAACUUUCGUAAGCGUUUGGGCAACCAACUCGCCAAGUGUGCUCAGAAAUACUUUGAGACAGUAGAGAUUGCCAGCUCCCGCGCUACAAGGAUGGGGCCGGCUGAUGAGCCAGUCAAACAAAGACACAGGAUGGCGAAGAUCAGCAGCAUCUCCAAGAGGUGCAAGAACUGCAACUUAAAAAGCAUCCGCCAUGAGAGUGUGUAUGGCUGCAUCAUCUGUAAAGUCAACCUGUGCAAACAUCCGGGCUGCUUCUGGGAAUAUCAUGGCCUUUCACCUCUGAACAAAGGAUCAUCAAAGGUUGGAUUUCUCAAGGACAGAAUAAGCGGCGCCAUCGAGGUGAAUGAGGUGAAAGACACUGCGGACGGGGCGAUGGCCCCCGUGGAGGACUUGGACUUCUCUGAUGAUGAGAGACUUGAGGAUCUGGAUGACAUGGAUGAAGAAACUGAAGAUAUUAAGGAUGAAUUUCUCAAAGAAGAAAAACACCCAAUGUCUCACCGGCCAUCAACAACGAAUGGCCACACCCAACCAGAAACCAUGUUGUCUUUGUCUAAAGAUCGUGAUGACUUCCUCAGCGCCCGUCAGUUGAGGAUCACCCUGUUCGCUCUGUGUGACGGACUCCAACAAGCCUCAAGGGUCUUUUCCACUGACACGCAACUCAUCCGGUCGUGGCUGAAGGAGGCUAGGAAGCGUUUGAAGCAAACUGAGCAGAAACAGAAGGUCCACUCUAGUGGCGGUGACCGUAUGGUGGCCUGGGUGAUGUCCAUGCGUGAGCAGCAGCUUCCGAUCACAGAGAGCAACCUCUUCCACAAAGCUUCCAUGCUGAAGAAGAAGGGUGCGUUCAGUGACUCCUUCCGCAUCUCGUAUGACUGGGCGGUGAGCUUCAUGCUGCAGUAUCGGCUGGGCGUAAGGAGCAUCGGCAGGGAGGCCACGCUAUCACGUACACUACCUCUUUCCCUGGUGGCCAAGAUCAAGUCCUUCAGGGAGUUUACCCACAAGGUUGUCCAGGCCAAAAAGCUAUCAGAAGACACUGUGGCAGCGAUGGAUGAGCUGUGUCUCUUUGUGGAUCUGAGGUUGGUUCAGGACAAGUCUCGCCGCUCUGAGGCCCUGGAGCUCACAGGGUCUUUACCUCUGGUCACUGUGUACCUGACUGUGCUGGCUGAUGGGACCAUGCUGCCGUCUCUGGUGCUAGCCAACAGGCAGCUGGCUGAGAAAGUCCUACCGGCGUUCAUCAUGCUGGAGGCUGGCCCAGAGAGUCUGUUAGUAGAAGAGGCCUUGGAUCUCUGGACCAACAAGGUCUGGCUCCAGUACGUGUCCAAUUUGGCUCAGCCCAGUAAGUCAGUGCUGGUCCUGGACCGACACCGGGAACACUUAGGAGAUCCGUUCCUGACUUCCAUCAGCGGGUCAGGUACUCUCCCGGCUGUGAUUCCUGGAGGCUGCUCACUCCAUCUUCAGCCCCUAGAGGUUUGUGUGAAACCAGUUCUGCAGCGCUUCUUGCUGUCACGCUGGGCCAAGUUCACCUCCGGAAACCCAGAGGAGCUUGAAGAAUCAUUACCUCAACGGCUCCAAGCAAAUGUUGCCCAGCUGCUUGUUGAUUGGGUGAUCGAAGCCCUGACACACCUGCACAAACUCCCACAGCUGUGGAAGAAGUCAUUCCACCUGACAGGCCUUCUGCCCAAAGAGGGGGACAAGAAGGAGGGGGAGAAAAUAAUUCAGAAACCAGAGGAAAUCCAGUCAGACCUCCUAAAGAACCUGACAGAGACCCUCCUGGGAACUGAAGCUUUGGAGGACAGUCCUCCUGAACUACUGGAGCUGGAGGAGGACACUGAGGUGGAUGAAGAGGGAGAUCAUGAGGACAAAGAAGAGGAAGAAAAAGAGGUGAACAAUGACGGCGAAGAAACAGGGACAGAGAUGGAGGAGGAAAGGAGGGAAACAACAGAUAGGGGGAAACUGGAGGACAGAGACAAGGAAGGAAAAGUCACAAUUGAAGGAGUUGAAGACAGCAAUGAGACAGAGGAGGAGAGCAAAGAGGAAGUCCAGAAGCUGGAGGAGGACAGCGAGGAGGAAGGAAAGGAGACGGAGGAGGACAGAAAGGAGGUGAGCAAGGAGAGACGAGAGACAAGGAUAGUAAUAGGAGAGGAGGUCGGUGAUGAAUGGAAGAUAACAGUGAAGAGCAGGACUGAAGGAGUGGCGGCUGAUGGAGAGGACACUGACAGGAUGCACCAAAGCUGAACCAAUGAUGAAGACGAGGAUGAAGGUCCACAGACUGUACGAGCUGUCUAAGUCGGCUCAUCACCAGAUUUCGAGGCCAUGGUGUCGAGCAGGAAGCGACCAACACAGCCGAGUGCGAACGACAGCAUCACCUGUCACUCAGCACACUCGCCCUUAAACUUACCUGUCUUAGUGCGGAUUAAAGCUUCAGUCCGCCUCAGGUGAAUUGUACCAUGAGAUCUGAUUCAGACUGUGAGGUGAACAGUAAAAUUCAAAUUCUGCCCUCAGGCUGACACAGGAGCUGAACUGACUGUGUGUUAGACUGGAGAAGCUGUAGGUUUCCCUGUUCAGUCUGGUGGACAUGAGAGGAACUCGUCACAAUUGUGCUGGUUGCUUCUUGUUUAGAAGAAACCAACUGGACUGAUUUGUUCUUGGUUUGUUCUGAUUUCCAGAUGAGGUUGUGAACUCACCACUCGAUGUAAAACCUGAUUUGGUUCUGUCAACAGGUGAAUUUCUUCCUGAAUCCUGCAGAGACGUCAUGUUCGAUUCUUCCAGAACCUGAAGGUGGUCCUGUGGGUUCAGGCUGCUCAGUGAUCACAGGAUGUUUACAGAUGUCUUCAGUCUCGUGAUUUUUCAGAUUAUUUCUCAACCUUCAAGUCCGCCGGUCCUCCAGACCAGCCAGUCAGCUCUGAUCCAGCUAUUAAUUAGACAUGAAGCAUCACGUACAGUUAUGAAUAACAUCAUUCUGUGUGUGGGUGUGUAGAGAUAUUCAACAUUAUAUGUUUAAUUCAACAGUAAAACUUAUUCAAACGAACAGUUCAUGUUUCUGUUGACACCAAAACCAGAAAGUGAUUGAAAGAGUCUCCAAACAGUCAUCAAGAAGUCCCGAUCGACGAUCCUCACAGCACGUUUAAUGAAUUAUCUGGUCUAGUGUGAGUUUCACCUGAUCCAACCAUUGAGCAUCAACCACACCAGCACCAGACUCCUUUAACACAUGUGUCAGUUUAGUGAAUUGUUGAGUUGGAGACACUUUAUAAACUCUGUGAAACUCUGUCUCUGACUCAUUCUGCAUUAUUUGGACCUUCUUGUUAAUUCAGCAAAUGUUCUACAUGAACUUCUUUCUGUCUUUGCGCAGAAACAUGGAGUCUGAUUGUUCCCUGGUACUGAUGGUGACUCGGUCUGAACACGAAACAACAUAAGCAGAUUCUGACUCGUCCAGAGUGCAGACGGACUAUAAACGCUCUGAUAGGUGUGCACAUUAUUUUAUUAUCUGUUCACUGCUGACAUUUCCAAUCAGUGAAAAAUGUUCAUCCAUUUCCUAAAAGCCGACUGGACCUGCAGACAGAACCAGGAUGGAUUCAGAGAACACUGGAGAAACUUUUUAAUCAUAAAAACAUUUUAAAACUAGUUUCUGAUGAAUGUCCUUUAGUUGCAGACAAGAUGUUGACUGACAGGAUGUUUCUGAACGCUCCGCAGCAGCUUCCUGUUGUGACAGAGACGAUCUCUGGAAGCUGAUUGGCUGGUCUAAAGAUGUGGACAAAUAUAAUUUGAUUCAGUUUUCUGGGCUGAAACAGAGACGUCAGCACAGCGAGGAUGAAAGUUGGAGGUGUUCUGUGUUUCUUGAGCUGUACAGAUGAAUAAUAGUUUUUUUAUUGUGUCCGUCAGAUGAAAGAUGAUUUCAUUGUGUCUGAAUCCGACUGAUCCUGCAGAACUCGCGUUAUCUCGGUGCUGAAGACUUCAGAUGAUCUUCCUCAGAAAUAAAAUUCAUAAAACAUUUG